AUGCCAUCGACAUUGUCUUAGCAACAUUAAGCGUUUCAAGUGCAUCUGAAGCAAAAAAAGAUGCAAGAAGGUUAAAAGAAAUACAAUUAACUAAUAAUGAGUGGGAUUUGAUUGGUUCCGAAUAUGUUAAAUUUUUCUAUAUGAUCCCCUCUAUUUUAGGAUUGAUGGAUAAGUUGGAUUGCUCUACAGACCAUUUAGAUGAAUCAAAUAACAUAAAUUUUGAAAUGCCUGACCUAGUAUUCGACAAUAAUGUUGGAUUUGUUGAUGCACAAGAAGAGGAAGAAGAUAGUCCUAAAGGAAGAAAAAUUAAAAUCAAUACACCUAUUGAC